UGUUUUCGUUUCAGUACGGAAUUGAUGUCAUCAUAGUUAUGGUUCUUGCUGUAGUUGCCGGUGUCUUGGCCUGGUUCCUUGGUUCAGGGGAGCUUGCCUACUUGGAGAGUUCAAUGAAGGCCAACCUACAGCGUUCCUACAAGGGAAAUGAGGCGACUGAUCCCGUCAGCACGGCCUGGAAUUAUAUAUUUUUCUCGCUGAAUUGCUGUGGCGCCUCUAGUUAUACGGACCUGAAUGACGUCAAAGACUGGAACAAGACCGUGCUAGUGGGUGAACACCAUAAUAUCACCUUACACACUAUUACCCCGCUGUUUUGUUGUAAAGGACUAAAACAAUUCCCCUACACCGAACCACCCAAAGGGGACAGUAAAUGGUACUGUGCUAUACACCCAGACGAGGAAAAUUCAAACCACUUAACGGGUUGUGGAUCAGAGCUCAGUAAUAAAUUGAAAAAUUUUUCAGCAACACUUUUUGUGCUAGGAGGCAUCUACACGCUUGUUAUGUUAUGCUGUGCGUGUUCCUCUAUACUUCUGUUUAUAAUCAUGGGUCGCCAAACCCACGAGGAAAUAGACCCAGGCGGAUGUACGGAAACGUAGACCUUCGGAACAUCUCGGUAAACUCCGACAGGCGGUGGAAAUCAAUCCGAUGAUUGCCGAUUAUUGCCGGGGGAAAAUAUGCAAAUAAUCAUAUGUAAUAUUUUAUUAUUUUAAUACUCUAAAUGUAUUUUUAUGAUUUGUUUUUCGUCUGAUAAUGUGUAUGCAUUUGUACAUGAACACUUUUUAAAUCGUACAAAGAUUUUAAAAACAGCAAAGACAUUUUACUAUGGUUUCAUUUUCCAUUCCUCUUCGAAUCUCAAAACGUGCUCAUCAGGAGAAAAUAAGAAAAUACCUUAACACAUUUUUUUCUAUCAAAAAUAGGGAUUUUCCUGAACUUUUUUUUUACUUUCUAUGUAAAUCCAUUUUCUUCAUUAGCAUUAACUUUAUGAUGUUUUUCAUCCUCAAUAUUAAAAAAAUCAAACUGGUUUCAUUCUAACCUGUGUAAAGAUACGCUAUCCCUGUAUCGUAUUUCUCGGUACCAAUAUUAAUACUGAUUGCCAAAAUCAAUCAUUUUUCACCUUUAUUUUGUUUGUGAUAAUAUCGCAGCGGAGAAGAUCCGAUUUCUCGUUAAAACAAUAAGCAUAUUGAGCUGUUUUAUUACACUUUUGUUAUCGUUAGUCACUUGUAAGUAAUGUUUGACUCUCACUUAUAUGUUGCUGAGUGACCUUAUCAACCAAUAUGCAGUCUGUCAAUCAAUGUGAUACUGAAGCUUAUGAAUUGAACAUAUUGUGAUAUGCUUUUUUAUAUCUCCCAAAUGACGUCAUCAAUAUUUAUAUACAAAUGUAUUGAACGAUGGUAUGGUGUCGCACCGGAACCGGAAGUAUGGACUAAAUUACACCAGACCGAAAGCCGUUUUUCUAAACUAUUAUACAUUAAGUGGUUACGGGAGAACUGAUAUAAUAUAUUAUUACCAUAUUUGGUUGUCAUUAUGAUUAUUCCCUUUAUUAAAGAUGCUACGGCGCCGAUAGUGUGAACACUGAUUGCCAUAAGACAGUUAUGGUAUAUACAUACAAGCUGUAUAUCUAACUUGGACAAAUAAAAACAAAAUGAUAGCCGCCAAACCUGAUCACUAAUGGGACCGAAAGUUAGAUACCAGAGGACAAUAGAAUGACUUCGGGAUGUAAUUGAUUAUUUCUUCAUUUCGAAUUCAAAUUAUUUCAACUGAGGCUCAAACUUUUGAAAGGGGUUCAUAUAUGUUAACGUAAUUACAGCGGCCUAUUGUUGUUUCCAUGGUUACUCUUCUGUCGGCGUUAUAGCAUCUUUAGGAUAUGAUCUUAACACUGUGGCGAUAAUGAUAAUUCUGUCGAUAUUUAUUAUGUACUGUUGAUCUCAUAUACUCAUGCAAACAUUAACACAGAUAAAUAGGAAUCUGAGUUGUUUUCUAUGAAUGCCACCAAUUCCUAAUUGUGUUGUGACGAAAAACACGAACGGCAGUGUUGAUGCUCAUUUACGUGGCAUUGUUAUGUCAACUAUAUGUGGUGUUGGUGUGUAACUUAUAUGUGGUUUAAAAGUUGGCUUCUCUACUUGUUUGAUGCAAAUUAAUGUUCAGCGUAUAACGAAUAACAGGACAAACAUGCAUCUGUUUUUUUCUCUUGUUAUAUAUCUUAUCUGUAGAUGAUACAUAUGCUCUUAAACUUUUUCAGUUUACUACAUGUUCCUUACUCAGCUCAGAUUGCUCAAAUUAUAUUUUAUGCGAAUCUAUUUGAUUGAACAUAUAACCUGAGUAACGUUUAAGUGAAGUGUGAUUGUAACAUAUUAUAAUUUUAUACUGUACUGAUUAUUUCAAUGGAUUCUGCUUUGAGGAUAGAAAUCUAUCCCGAAUAUAGACAAUAUGGAAAUAAUUUUUAAAAAUUUGGCAAUGAUGGUUCAUUUUGAUAUUUUCACGAAAAACACACCCUCUCUGCUUCAAACGUUUUGAAAGGUUUUUGUACACCAUGUUCGCUGUUUAGUGUUAGCAUUGAGGAACUUAUUAGCACACCCAUGAUGUAUGAUAUUCGAAGACAAUAUACGUCACAGCGUUGUGACGUCAUAAUCAAAAGAUAACAUUCAUUACUGCGACUACUUCUCGACAUCGAAUUGAUAUGUACACACUGUGAGUAGGCUAUAGUUACUUAGUAACAGUACACACUGUGAGUAGGCUAUAGUUACUUAGUAACAGUACACACUGUGAGUAGGCUAUAGUUACUUAGUAACAGUACACACUGUGAGUAGGCUAUAGUUACUUAGUAACAGUACACACUGUGAGUAGGCUAUAGUUACUUAGUAACAGUACACACUGUGAGUAGGCUAUAGUUACUUAGUAACAGUACACAAUGUGAGUAGGCUAUAGUUACUUAGUAACAGUACACACUGUGAGUAGGCUAUAGUUACUUAGUAACAGUACACACUGUGAGUAGGCUAUAGUUACUUAGUAACAGUACACAAUGUGAGUAGGCUAUAGUUACUUAGUAACAGUACACACUGUGAGUAGGCUAUAGUUACUUAGUAACAGUACACACUGUGAGUAGGCUAUAGUUACUUAGUAACAGUACACACUGUGAGUAGGCUAUAGUUACUUAGUAACAGUACACACUGUGAGUAGGCUAUAGUUACUUAGUAACAGUACACAAUGUGAGUAGGCUAUAGUUACUUAGUAACAGUACACACUGUGAGUAGGCUAUAGUUACUUAGUAACAGUACACACUGUGAGUAGGCUAUAGUUACUUAGUAACAGUACACAAUGUGAGUAGGCUAUAGUUACUUAGUAACAGUACACACUGUGAGUAGGCUAUAGUUACUUAGUAACAGUACACACUGUGAGUAGGCUAUAGUUACUUAGUAACAGUACACACUGUGAGUAGGCUAUAGUUACUUAGUAACAGUACACACUGUGAGUAGGCUAUAGUUACUUAGUAACAGUACACACUGUGAGUAGGCUGUAGUUACUUAGUAACAGUACACACUGUGAGUAGGCUAUAGUUACUUAGUAACAGUACACACUGUGAGUAGGCUAUAGUUACUUAGUAACAGUACACAAUGUGAGUAGGCUAUAGUUACUUAGUAACAGUACACACUGUGAGUAGGCUAUAGUUACUUAGUAACAGUACACACUGUGAGUAGGCUAUAGUUACUUAGUAACAGUACACACUGUGAGUAGGCUAUAGUUACUUAGUAACAGUACACAAUGUGAGUAGGCUAUAGUUACUUAGUAACAGUACACACUGUGAGUAGGCUAUAGUUACUUAGUAACAGUACACACUGUGAGUAGGCUAUAGUUACUUAGUAACAGUACACAAUGUGAGUAGGCUAUAGUUACUUAGUAACAGUACACACUGUGAGUAGGCUAUAGUUACUUAGUAACAGUACACACUGUGAGUAGGCUAUAGUUACUUAGUAACAGUACACACUGUGAGUAGGCUAUAGUUACUUAGUAACAGUACACACUGUGAGUAGGCUAUAGUUACUUAGUAACAGUACACACUGUGAGUAGGCUAUAGUUACUUAGUAACAGUACACAAUGUGAGUAGGCUAUAGUUACUUAGUAACAGUACACACUGUGAGUAGGCUAUAGUUACUUAGUAACAGUACACACUGUGAGUAGGCUAUAGUUACUUAGUAACAGUACACACUGUGAGUAGGCUAUAGUUACUUAGUAACAGUACACACUGUGAGUAGGCUAUAGUUACUUAGUAACAGUACACACUGUGAGUAGGCUAUAGUUACUUAGUAACAGUACACACUGUGAGUAGGCUAUAGUUACUUAGUAACAGUACACACUGUGAGUAGGCUAUAGUUACUUAGUAACAGUACACACUGUGAGUAGGCUAUAGUUACUUAGUAACAGUACACACUGUGAGUAGGCUAUAGUUACUUAGUAACAGUACACACUGUGAGUAGGCUAUAGUUACUUAGUAACAGUACACACUGUGAGUAGGCUAUAGUUACUUAGUAACAGUACACACUGUGAGUAGGCUAUAGUUACAGUACACACUGUGAGUAGGCUGUAGUUACUUAGUAACAGUACAUACUGUGAGUAGGCUAUAGUUACUUAGUAACAGUACAUACUGUGAGUAGGCUAUAGUUACUUAGUAACAGUACACACUGUGA